GGGAAGGGAAGGGCCGGCCCGGCCCGGCCCGGCCCGCUCGCCGCCGAACAAAGCCCCGGCUGCCUCCCGCGCCGGCGCGGAGCCGCCGAGUCCCGGCUGUACGCGCCGGGAUCGCUGCCCGCGGCGGGCGGGCCCCGGACGUGGCGCUCCGGGCGGCGAUGCUCCAGCCGCGGCCAGGGGAGGGGCCCUGGGGCCUGUAAACGUGGUGCCUGCGGGGCUGGGCCCCCUGCCCGCCUCCGCCCCCAGCUGAGGCCGGAGGAGCGCGGCGGCUCUCUCCUUUGCUUCUGCUUUUUAAAACCACAAAAUGUCUGAAGUUAAGCCAAGGAAAAAAGGUAUUUCUUCACCCAAGAGCAGUGAAGGCUCACAGAAGGCUGAGAAGCAGAGUAAUUAUGGGAAGCUGGCAAGUCCCAGGACCAGCAAUAAUCACAGUUCCUUUUGGAUGGACUCAAGGACAAGUCUGAGUAUCAUUUCCCUUGCUGUUUGCCUGGUGGUGAGCUGGUUUCUAUUUCAGCAGUCAGGUCAAUUUGCUGAUCUGGAAAGAAAGUACAAUUUUUUACAUCAAGAAGCUGAAAAAAUCCUGGAUGUGGGAAAUAAAGUAAACUUAAUUUCUGAAAAGUGUGAAAAGACUUGGAACUUAAUGAAACAGCUGGAAGAUCUUCAAAUAAUUUCUCACAUUAAAUAUCUGCAGGAAGAUAUUUAUACAAUGAAAACAUGGUCUAGCAGCAUAAUUAAAAAACAAGAAGAACUGGAGAAGAAUUUAACAAGUCUUUUUCAUGCAGUUUCAAGCGCUGAACAGAAUGCAGCUUCUGUAGCAAAAAAUGUAACAUUGACAAUUGUGACAGUAAAAACUGACAUAAGGCGCAUUUCAGGCCUGGUCUCGGACAUCACUGCACUGACAGAUUCUUUGCAAACACUAGAAGAUAAAGUGGAAAAAGGUGAAAAGGCAACAGUAAAAAAUAUAGGUGACCUCCUUACCAGCAGCAUCGACAGAAGUAUGAAAAUACAAAGCCUGGCAUCCAGUAACGCAAGGAAAAUCGAGCAAAUUAAGGCAGCUCUGUCUGACUUAAGUAGCGAUUUUAACAAGCAUUCCAAUAGACUUUUGAAUCUUGAAGGUGACAGAGCAAAAGUUCUGAAGACAGUUACAUUUGCAAAUGAUUUAAAACCUAAAAUGUACAAAGUUAAAAAGGAGUUUGCCAUCUUGGAGCCCUUAAUAAAUGACCUAACACUGAGAAUAGGAAGAUUAGUGGAGGAGGUCUUACAACGGGAGAAGGGAAUUGCUUUACUGAAUGAGAAAUUGGCCAAUCUAACAAGAGUUCAAACCGAGAUCAAGGAUGUGAAAGAUGAAAUAACCAAGAUUUCAGACAUUAAUUGAUCAUUGAAAGGCCACUGCCUAAAGAAUAGUGUUUGAGUGGUGUGAACUCCCAUCGUGUGUAGUAUUGAGAAGACAGACAAUAUUUAAAGGCUUCAUUUAGAAGCACACCUAAACCUGAAAUUUGUCCUAUUCUUUUGAACAGGAGAGGAAAAAGUCAUACUUGCUUCAAGGGAGAGAUAAUGAUGUGAACAAAAAAAGUACCUCUUUGCAUGUAUUUUUCUUUCUGAAGAAUGAGAGAUGCCAUUUUUAAUAAAUUGCUUGUUUUGUACAAUAAAGCAGUGUUAAAGUAUAAAAUUAUGUUCUUAGCUUUAGAGCUUGCUUUCAUGAAGAAAGCAGAACCCAAGAAUGACAGAUUCCAGUUUCACUUUCCUGCUGCAAGGGGAAGAACAGAGUAGUGGUUUCCAGCUAAACAAGAGGUAGUCCAACAGCAGUAGCACUUUGUCUCUAUUCACUCCAUGAUUUUUGUAAACUAGUUUCUUUUUAAAAUAAUAUUUAACAAGGUAAAUGCAGCAAAGCAAGAAAUGCUCAUAAAUAUUGCUGAUGCCUUCCAGAAAGUUUGUCACACAUUUAGAUGGAAUAAUUUGUGUAAGGCUUUGUGUGAGGCUUUAUAAUUGUAAAUCAAAAUUACUCUGCAGCACCAUUCUGUCUUUAAAACACAGAAUGCUCUGUAGGGACAAUGCUCUGAAAGACCUAAUAAUGCUGCUGAUGGCUUUAUCCCAGUGUCACAGUAUCUUCUCAGGAAUCCUAACAGUCAUUCAUUAUUUCUUGGUCUGUAAAAUACUAUAGUGAGCAGCAGAAUUAGCAACGAGAAGCUGCUUAUAUUCCAAAAGGCUACUAAUAUGAACUACUGGGACUAUUUAGGUACUGAAGAACAAGAUUUGAAACAUUUGAAAAUGAAGUAGGCAGUAACAAGAUAGUGGGAAUGGUUUUAACAGAGGAAGGUGGGGGAAGAGAAGAGCAUUAAAUAGGAAUAGAAGUUGCUAUAAAUAUCAAUUAGAAGCAAUACAGCAACUCAUAAAAUCCCUGUAAAUGAAAUUAUAUCAAGAAGUGUAAGUAAUAGGGUAAGGCCUUUAUAACUUUUCAGCUGGCCAUACCUUAACAUCUUGCAACUAGACUCUUGAUUGUAUGGAAUAUGCAAACAUUCCUCUUGCUCACUAUUUUCAUCCUCAUUCAGCAUUCCAUGUCUUUUGGUCUGCUUCAUGUUGCUGGUCCUCUACCUUCUUUGGUUCAUUUGCCCACAGACAACCUCCAAUACUUAGUUUAAAGUUUUCCUCUUUUUGGUAUAGGUUCAUUCCUAUCUCUCCCUUUCUUCUACCCCUUUCCAGUCCACCUGGCAGAUGGCAAGAGAAACCUGUCAAAAGACAAGUUUUCCUAGGAGCAUCCACAGAUACUCUACCAACCCCUGUCCCUUUGCUCUUCCACACAAUUCUUAAGUGAGCUCCUGAAAAUAACCAAAUGGUAUUUGAAGGAGGCAGCAAAAUUAAAGAACAGCCAUGGUAAAGUAUGCAUUGCCUAUCAUACCUGAAGCAAUGUAUGUACACAUGCACAUACACCUUAGGGGUUGAGGGUUACAUAAUAAAUAUAUUGUGGAUUAAAGGCAUCACAGGCUACAGUCAUUUUAUUCACUUUGCUUUCAAUUUUAUGAAUGCAUCAUUUGUGGUCAGUAGCCAGUAAGAAUCUGGAGAGGCAGAACUGGAGAACCGGUAGAGCAACAUCUACACAAGUCACGUGGAAAAAAAUACAUUCCAGCUGCACAGUUAAUCUGAGCAGCCUCGAGACAGCAGAGGUCUGUCUGCAUGAAAAGAGUGCACUUGCUCCUUGGAACAGUAACCAGAAAACAAGCCAGGAUAAACAACUGUGGAUUUAAUUUUCAACCUCAAAAUUCUAGAACACGUCUCCCAGUGAAAAGCUGAGUGUACAGUCCUGUGCGUGGUCUCCAGGGGAAGUUAAACAUGCAAAAAAUGUUACAAGACCAUUCAGCUCCCUUUCCCUUUAGAUGUAUGCAGACUUCCUACCCUUACUUCCCAGGAUAAUCCUCUCAGAAAUUAUUCUUGCUGCAAGCAAGACAAAAAAAUUAAGUCACAAAGGUAAAGUUUACUUGGAAAAAAUAUUUUGGAAUAAUCUGUAUCUCAAGUUGUCACAACACUGUACUGACCUCAGCAGUAAGGCGAGCGAUCGGAAAUUCUCCAUAUUCCACACAGGUAUUACAAACCUUUAUUUGCCCUUCAAGCACACAUCUCCACUGUACUAAAAAACCAGGAGUUUUAUAGUAGCUUUAUAAUUAGACUGCUCUAAGCAGGGAGGCAGAGAGCUUCUUUUACAGUGGAAAAGGUGAGCAGAGAGUGAGGUAUUUUUCAAAAAUUUAAAGCAGACAGGUAACCUCACCUCCUUGUUUUAGUAGUCAGUGGUGGGGAAAGUAUCGGCUCAGUGAAACUACAACCCCUUUGUCCAUUUCUAGGGUCAUGCAGUGAUACUCUGCAAUUUUAUCAAAUGAUUGAGAGAUUCAGGUAAUAAUGAAAAUUACAGCUAUGUCACUUAAAACAGAUCAUCCCAUUGAGCCCAAACUGUAGUGACAUCCAGGCCAUCUUUGCUUUUAAUUUAGCUUUCAGGUACAAAACUGGCCAAUUGAAAGGAAAAAAAAAUUAUCAGAAAUGAAAAAUUACAUGAGCAAAUUAAUCCCAAAAGAAUAAAAUCUACUUUUAGACACCAGAACAUCUGCUCAGCCAAGAAUUGUCUGCUAGCAUUAUCUUUCUCCCUAGCACUGAGUUACAAAAAUUGUAUUCUGUAACAAAGCCAUGCAGCUAUUAAGCUCAUCUACCCAAGGUACUCAUAUUUGCUAUAAAAAAGCAGGAUGUUUAUUGUUUUCACUGUGAACUACAUCAUUUCUAUGUAAAAAUGUAAAUGAGUUACAAGUAUAGUAUUAUUACAGCCCAUUUUAAAAUGAUAUGCAACAGACAUUUCCACGAGUAUCAGUGAGUGUCAGCACAUUUCAUCCGUAGUACAACCUGAUACAAACACCGUGUGCAAAUGCAGUUGUUGCUCCAAGUUUAUAUAUACGGUAUGCUUUAAAACAGAAAGCUCAUCUCAGCUCCAAAACCAGCAAGAAAGUAUGUUUUCUCCUUCAUAAAAUAUACACAAGCAGCAUAUACAUAAUCCACGUUUUACAGAGCACUUUGGGGUUUAUUGAUGGGUCUGGAGUUACCUAAGUUCAAAAUGGGGUACCGCUUUUGGAUACAGGACUUUCCUUGCAAUGGAAGUGCAAAUCCACCAAAAGCAACAUUGCUCCAUCUCAACCUUCAGAAAAUGUACCAGGCAUUAUGCACAAAGCAGUUAUCAAUGACAAAGUUGACCUUUUAAAUGCAUUUUAAUACCACAUUUUUCCCACUGAAGCUUAUUUAAAAUACCAGCAGGCAACCCUUUAAGCAACACCCUUUCCUAAUAAGCAUCUGAACAAUCCUAUGGCUGAAUGUCAAUGAAGCUGGCAGCUGCAAGGCAAUUCUCUCCCCCUCUUGGGUUUUCCACUGAAAUACAACACUGCAAGGAGCACUAAGUGUAUUUUCCCUUUCUCAGUUACAGAAGAGGUACUGCUGGCUGCUCCUUGUAGUCUUAGAUCCACCUUGAUAAAAUUAUCUAAGCAUCUUUAAAGGAUAGUUCCAGAUCUACUGGUGAGAAAUAAGAAGAGAGUCUCUUCUUGUUGUACGUAUUUGUAACAAUUGUGCAACAUUGACUCAGUCCUAGAGAAAAAUUGUGCGAUUUUGCUCCACAUACACAAUGAGAAUUUUGAGUAAUUUAGCUCAGCACUAGAUUAUUUCAGACUACCUCACUACAUGAGCCAAGCUUGUCACACUCUUCUGCCAGCCUUAAAAUCUGACAGUUCUUCACUUUCCCCAGGAUUAGAAGGAACUUUCAGCAAACAAAGAAAAAUCUACUGAGUUAAAACAUGCCUCUAAAGAAACUGAUAUUCAGUACACAAAAGUGAGUUUUGCCUAGCAAGCUGUACCAUACACAUUACUUCAGAAGGUGAUUUAACAUCAUCAGUCUUAACACAACCCUCAUAGUAAGGGCCCUUCUCCAAGGAAGCUCUUAUAAGUAUUUAAUGACUCAAAUAAUUUCAGAGCUUCCCAUUCACCAUGGGGAAACAAGAUUUACAUACUUUUAGCAUUAGAUAAUUUUAAUUCAACAACAAGGUACUUGUACAAGUAUUUUAUUUAGACUUAGGGUCUAAAUUUGACUUUGCUGUGUAAUACAGGCUGAUACCAGCCCAUCUAACAGUACCUUUAUUACUGUCAUGGUGACAGGAUAAAGGUAUAAUUCUAGCUUUUACUCUGCGUUCUGAAAGGCAACAAUUCAAAAUAAGGCCCAGCUUUCUUGUUUAGCAUAAUCAUUGAAAAUCUUGGAAGUUGGAGGAUUUUCCUAGGGGGUGAGAAGCUCAGUGCUACAACAGCAGGCACAUCUGACUCCAGCAAGAUGCAGCAGUCAUUACAUUUGAUAUUCUAAUGGCACCUGCCUGACUUGUCCUUUUGGCUCUGAAGGAGCCAAGUAAAGAGGAAGAAGCAGUAUAACAUAAGUGCCAAAAUAAGUUCAGUAUCAACAGCUCACAUGCUGUAAGGCAGCCUAUCCACAGUAGUGCAAAAAAACCACGUCAGCUCCAGCUCUACUUUGUGAGCAAAGUAGUACUGGAGAGGGUGUAGUGAUUAACAACUGUGGGUUAUAGAACAGGUGAAAUGCACAAGGCAACACCAUCUCCCUUCACUUGAGAAAAAGAUUCAAAAAUAAAUACCUUAACAUUGCCUUAAUUGUCUCCUCUUGUGUGCUGAGGAGCAUGUAUUUCUUCACAUCAAGGUCCAAAAAACCUGGUAUGGCUCCUUGUGUUGCAGAAAUACAUGGUUCAACCAUAAUUCACUAAUUCAGAAAAAAAUAACUGAAAUAAAAAACUACAGCUGUAGCAAAUGUAGGGAAAAGCUGGCAAGUUUUUCAAACUCUAGAAUAAAAGACAAGCCAUUUUUAUUUCAUUGUAAAGCUGAAGUACACAAUUAGUAGUCAAAUAUAUUUGAAAAUCUUUAUUAACAUCAGCUUUUCUUUAGUUAAGAGGUAGCAACUACUGUUUAAUUCCACAGGACAAUCAGAAGGGCCUAGUUCUUUGGUGUGGUUUCAAGCCAACAGAAGCAGACAUUAGUCAAGUAAGCAUAAGUUACGUUGGGAUGACCAUCCCAAGGCAGAAACAGCUCUA